AUGGCGCGCGAUGAGGAGCAGUCCCUGGGGCUGCUGGAGAAGGACAAGGUGGUAGAGACCGACGAUGCCUUCUCCCACCCCCGCACCGCCUUCGCCGAUUACUUCAGACCCUCGCGAUGGCUGGGCGGCAGCGGCGAGUCCAAGCCGCUGCGCAAGACCGCCUGGCUCGACGGCCUGCGAGGCUUCGCCGCCCUGCUCGUCUACUCCCUCCACCACCAAGUCUGGGGCCACUCGGGCAUCCACGGCGAAUUCAUCCUCGAGAAUGUGUUUGGCUGGGACCGGCAGUAUUACUUUGUCUGCCUGCCCGGCGUGCGCAUCCUCUUCUCCGGCGGCCAUCUCGCCGUCGCCAUCUUCUACCUCAUCUCCGGCUACGUCCUCACCCUCGCCCCGCUGAGCCUCCUGCAGUCCACCGACUCCGGCCGUGUGGCAGACAACAUGGCCUCUGCCCUCUUCCGCCGCUGGAUCCGCCUCUUCCUCCCCGUGCUCGUCACGACGUUUGUGUGGAUGACGCUGUGGCAUCUCCUGGGCAUUCGAAAUAACAACCCUAUUGCGGCUCCGCCCGAAAGAACAUGGUUGGACGAGGUGUGGAAGUGGUACUGCGAUUUCAAAAACUACAGCUUCAUCUUCAACGACAGCAUCUUCAACGCAUACAACGACCAUGCCUGGUCCCUUCCCCUGGAAUUCCGCGGCUCCAUCCUCGUCUGGACCGUCCUGUUAGGCCUCUCUCGGUGCAGGACCAACAUGCGGCUCAUUCUCGAGGCGUCGCUGAUCUUCUACUUCCUCUACAUUGUGGAUGGCUGGUACUGUGCAGCCUUCAUGACGGGCAUGCUGCUCUGCGACCUGGACCUGCUGGCGGAGAAGAACCAAUUGCCCGAGUUCCUCGAGCGCUUCCAAAACGUCAAGACCUGGGUCUACUACGUCUUAUUCGCCAUCGCCAUGUACCUCGGCGGCGUGCCGUCCAUCAGCAACGACAUCGGUCAUCUGCGCCAGUCGCCCGGCUGGGGCCUGCUCUCCUACUUCAAGCCUCAGGCAUUCUGGGACUUCCGUUGGUUCUUCCGCUAUUGGGCCGCCACACUUUUCAUGAUUGCCAUUCCCCGCAUCGGCUGGCUGAAGGGCUUCUUCGAGACCGCCUUCUGCCAGUUCCUUGGCAGGAUCUCCUACUCGCUCUACCUCGUCCACGGCCCCAUUCUCUGGUCGGUGGGCGACCGCAUCUACGCGGCCGUCGGCCGGAUCCAUGACCGCCAAAUCGCCACCAUCCCCGGGUGGAUGAAUAUCAUGCCCUUACCGAGCUGGGGCCCGUUUGGCUUUGAGCUCAACUAUCUGAUUCCCCACCUAAUCCUCCUGCCCUUGACCUUUUGGGUAGCCGAGAUCGUCACCAAACUUGUCGACGAGCCUAGUCUAAAACUGUCCCGCUGGCUGUUCAAUUACACUUUGGCCACCAAACCGUCGCGGACUUGA